UCCAUCACACACAACACCUGCCACUGCGAGAGCGAGAGUGAGCGAGGAGUAGACCAACGUACCCACGUACGACGACGGCCAUGGCGAUGAGGAAGGAGCUUCUCCUGGUGGCCAUGAUGCUGGCACUGGUGGUGGCGGCGCCGGGUGGGGCGCACGCUGCGUGUGAGGUGGGGCAGCUGACGGUGUGCAUGCCGGCGAUCACCACAGGCGCCAAGCCGAGCGGCGCGUGCUGCGGCAACCUGCGCGCGCAGCAGGCGUGCUUCUGCCAGUACGCCAAGGACCCCUCCCUCGGCCGCUACAUCACCAGUCCCCACGCCCGCGAGACCCUCGUCUCCUGCGGCCUCGCCGUCCCGCACUGCUAGGCGCCAGCUCGCCUAGCGCGUAUGGCUCAGCUAUAGGUAGGCUACCUCCGUCUUCCAUGAGAGAUGAAAGAGACUAUAAUAGCUUAGCCUAGCUGAGACCUGAGAGAGUGCAUGCGAGCAUGCACGCACGCAUGUUGCUGUUCGAUCCAUGAUCGGUGCUUGAAUAAAUUGACUUUUCCUA